CCACACUUUAAACUAAAAAACCCUAAAUCUCGAGCCUUGACACAAGAGAGAAAAAAGAAACACACAACACAAAGAAGUGGGUCCGCAUUUGUAAGAAUCACCAUUCCUUAGUAGUGGCCAUAGUCAAGUGUCACCACACACACACCAAAAAUAAAGACGUUCCUUUUUUCUCUUCGUCUCCAUUGGUACUUACUUACUAGUCAGACAUUAACGUGCCUUUGUGAAAAACCAACCCAUCUCUUUCCCUCUCUCUAGAAACCCAGAGAAGAAAACUCUUGCUUCCAAGCUUUUCCCACUCAUAAUUGCUUAUUAGAAGGAGAAAUUUUGCUUCUUUUCCUCUGCUUCCUCUUAACAUAGAAGAAAUUGGAGACACGGAAGGAAGAAGAUCGCAACAAUCCAGAAUUGGUGGAGGAGAUUGCUUCGAUCUAAUCACUUCUUCUUCCAUCCUCCAGAUUACUUGGAACUUGGAAGUGGUCUUUCUUCAAUCUGUAUAAGAAGAUGGGAAGUUGAAAUUUGCUCGGCUUUGAUUUGAGUAUAGCGAGCGGAACGAUGGGAAGUGUUUCUCCUGAUGCUCAGAAGGAUGAUCUUGAGCUUGAAGAUUCAUUGAACAUUGAUGAGAAUCUGUCUGGGGGAAAUGGCUUAUUGAAGUCAGGGAACUUGUUGAGCCAGAAAAGACAGCAAUGUAGUUUAGUUUCAAACAGCGGAAAGUGGUUACAGAUUGUUAAAAACGGUCCCAAGGGAUCUUUUUCUCGUGCCACUAGUUUCUUCGAUAACAAGAUCCCAAGGCAGUUGGUGUCAGUAGACGAGAAGUAUCUCCGUCGAUGCCUUGACCUGAUUAAUAUCAGUGCGUUUAAGUCAGCCAGUUGCAGCCUUUCUUUGAAUCUUGUAGGAUCAAAGAUGAGUUUGUCUUCACGUCGCUUCGAUUUACCUGUUAUCCCCAAAGAAAAUGUUGCUCGCCUUGUGUUUGAUCUUCCGUUGGUAGAUGAUUCAGGCAGUCCAGUGAUUAGCCGUGCAAUUAUAGGUUGCAAGAGGGUUACAUAUAUGCUUGAUAAGCCUACGUUACACAGUCUCGAAGCAUUAGAUGGUGAUGGUAAUAAUAUCGGGACAAGGCGAGACCAUAAUGGUGAAAGCGAGUUGGUUUCAUAUGAUGUUGUGAGGAAGAUAGAGGAAAAAAACACCCCGGAUUCACAGUUUCUGAGUUAUCAUUCUGGAAACAUGCCCCGAAAGGCAGUUUCUUUAUCAAGCACAAAUUCAUUGAGUUCUUCUUCUUCUGAGCAAUCUUCUUCCUCGUGGUCUCCAUCUUCAUCAGUUUCUCAAGGAACACUUCAAUUCACUAUGAAAGACAACAAGACGCCUCAUUUUGUUUUCUCACUGGAUGAUCAGAAAGAGAUCUAUGUAGCUAGCUUAAGCACUACUAGUGUUGGGUCAGGUUUCGACCGUAGUUCUCUAGACUAUUCGUAUUUGAUCCAUUUGAAGAAAGGUCGCGGAUCUGAGCCGCAGCAUUUGGUUGGUAAACUAAAGGUAUCAACUUUGUUUUCUGUCUCGUCCACGAAUGAAAAAACUGUAGAGAGACAGUUUGUUCUAUUCAGCAGUGGUGGAAAUCCGCAGUUACCGUGCCACAAAGAUAUUAGGAAAAACAGAGGAUUGCCUAAGAAAGUCGUUGAUGCUCUCAAAAGCACCAAACGCACUUCAAGGCAAAGAAGUAUCUCAAGAUUCAGUAGAACAAGCUCCAUACCGGAUUUUUGUUCUUGGGAGCCAUUUCAAGAACAUGACAGCGAUCUUGAACCCAUAAGUUUACUGGAUAAUGACCUUCCACCAAAUCUUGAAACCUCAGCUGUUGUUGUGAGAGAACAGUUUCCAGUGGAAGAAGAAGAAGAAGAAGAAGUCGAAAAAGUUGGAGGCUGGGGCAUGAAGUUUCUCAAGAAAAUUCCCUUAGCUCGAACCAAGGAUGCUUCUAAAUGUUCUAAGCAUUCCACAAGCAUAGAUGUUGUGAUUCCUUUAGGGAUUCACGGAGGGCCGAGAAAUAGAAACGGUGGUCCUUCGAGCUUGAUUCAGAGAUGGAAAUCCGGUGGAUGCUGUGAUUGCUCUGGAUGGGACUUGGGUUGCCCCUUAACCGUCCUUAAAGGCCAAGCGCGAAAAGACCAAAGUGAAGGCCAAUGCAAUCUUUUUGAGCUUUUCACAGAGGGAUUGAUGCAGGGAAGUCCUGGACUAAGGAUCAUGAAUGUUCGAGAUGGUCUCUACUUUGUCCAGUCUCAAGCAAAGAUAUCAGUUUUGCAAUCUUUUUCAAUUGCUUUAGCAUACAUUCAUAGCCAAAGCCAGAGACUCCGGCCAUGGUCGUCAAAGAAGUGUACAGAAGCUUAACUAGCAAAAGAAAGGAUUGCACAAAGUAAGAUGGGCAAAACUCAGCCUUCAUAGUUUUUAGUUGGGUUCUUGAGUUAACAAUAUCUACAAAUUAGUAGAUAUUAUUUUUAUUUUUUUAUUUUUUGGCUUUCUGUUUAAAUCUAUAGAAAGUAUAUCAUUGUCUCUUUACUGGAAUCAUAUGUGGGCUUUGGUAUUGUUUUUCAAAGAGUUGUGUAAAAUGUAAAUUCUGACUUUUGAUUUUCACCUUC